ACAUAUUCUAAUACUCUCGAGGAACCUACCCCCACCACAUGGCCGUAAAUCAAACCCACAUCCGAUUCAACUCAGCUCAUCUCCGCCAUGGCCACUUCUCUGUCCUCCGUCGCUCUCUCCUUCCCACCACCAAGUUGCCAACAUGACCACCGUGCCGUCAUCCCCCAGAAGCCUCUCGUCAAAUGCUCCCUAAAUGCUGCAGAAUCGCCGGACCCUCUUCACAUUUGCCGGGUCUUGUCCAAGGCGCCGAGCGACCCUCUACCGUUCGUGGUCGUCGACGGCGGCGAGGACGAGGGCCGCCUCGAAAGAGAGAGGUUUGGCGGGUUGGUGGAUCUAGACGGCGAUGGGGGAGCGAGGCCGGCUGCCCGGGUUCCCGAGGGGCGGUUAUCCGACGUGUGGCGCGAGAUCCACGGCCAGGACGACUGGGCGGGCAUGCUCGACCCCAUGGACCCGCUCCUGAGAUCGGAGCUCAUCCGGUACGGCGAGAUGGCGCAGGCGUGCUACGACGCGUUCGACUUCGACCCCUUCUCCAAGUACUGCGGAAGCUGCAGGUACGCGAAGCAGGAGUUUUUCGAGCGCUUGGACAUGAAGGGCCACGUCGGGUACGAGGUCACGCGGUACCUGUACGCGACGUCCAACAUAAACCUGCCCAACUUCUUCAAGAAGUCGCGGUGGCCCAAGGUGUGGAGCAAGCACGCGAACUGGAUUGGGUACGUGGCGGUCUCGGACGACAAGACCACGCGGCAGCUGGGGAGGCGGGACGUCGCGGUCGCGUGGAGGGGGACGGUCACGAGGCUCGAGUGGGUGGCGGACCUGAUGGACUACCUCGUGCCGGUGAGCUCGCAGAAGGUGCCGUGCCCGGACCCGGGGGUGAAGGCCGAGUCCGGGUUCUUGAGCCUGUACACGGACAAGGAGGACGACUGCAAGUUCACCAAGUACUCGGCUAGGGAACAAAUACUGACGGAAGUGAAGCGCCUGAUCGAGAAGUACCCCGACGACGAGCUCAGCAUCACCAUGACGGGCCACAGCCUGGGGAGCGCGCUGGCCAUACUGAGCGCGUACGACGUCGCCGAGACGGGCAUCAACGUGAGGCGGGACAGCCGGGCCGUCCCGGUGUGCGUGUUCUCCUUCGCAGGGCCCCGGGUCGGGAACGCGCGGUUCAAGGAGAGGGCGGAGGAGCUCGGGGCGAAGGUGCUGAGGGUGGUGAACGCGCGCGACUUCGUGCCCAAGUCGCCGGGCCUGGUGUUCAACGAGCGGUCCCCGAGGGCGGUGAUGAGGCUCGCAGGGGGGCUGCCGUGGAGCUACUCCCACGUCGGGGUGGAGCUGGAGCUGGACCACGAGCGCUCGCCCUUCCUCAAGCCGACCAGCGACCCCGCCUGCGCCCACAACCUGGAGGCUCACCUCCAUCUGCUCGACGGGUACCACGGAAAAGGGCAGAGGUUCGUGCUAGCGAGCGGGAGAGAUCCGGCGCUGGUGAACAAGGACGCCGACUUCCUGAAGGACCACCACCUGGUCCCGCCUUUCUGGAGGCAGGACCACAACAAGGGCAUGAUCCGGAACCACGACGGCCGUUGGAUGCAGCCCGAGCGCCCCAAGCCGGAGGAUCACCCCGCUUACAUGGACCAUCGUGUAGAGCAGCUGGGCCUCCAAUAAAUGGUCACACUUGAUCGAAAAAAAGAGUGAAAAUGUCGCACAUCAAUUAUGGAGUUUUUAAACGGAUGGAUCGUGUCGAGUUUGGAACGCCGGAUA